AUGGAGGAGCUGUACACCUUAGAGAGGGAGGUGGGCCGGGGCAGUUACGGGGUCGUCUUUGAGGGCCAGAUUGUCAAAACGGGAAACGUGGUGGCCAUUAAACGCCUGCCCUGCAGCAACCCGGAGUGUAUUGAACUCUACCUGCAAGAGCUGUGGGCCAUGAGGGCCACCGCCAAAAACCACGUGAACGUGAUCGUCCUCCACAGCUGCCUCCUGCAGACCGGACCGAGGAGCCUGAAGCACCUAAAACCAGGAAAACUGCCCCUGUGUCUUGUUGAGAGUGUGCUGAAGGGCAGCGUGGUCGAAGCCCCACAGGAUCAGGAGAGGACAAAUGUCCAGUUGAAUCAUUUGCGCAGGACUAACUCUGCCUCUAGACUUCAGGACAAGACCAACACGGUCCAGGCCAGAGCUCAGCUCCAGGACUUGGAUAAAUCUAAUUAUUCGUCAACCCCACAGAGGCCUCCAGGCAGAGGUAGGAAGAGAUCAGCCCAGAAUCAGGAUGAGCAGGAUGGACCUCCGCGCAGCUUAGCCCUAUGGCUCGUGAUGGAGUACUGCAAUGGAGGUGAUCUGAACCAGUUCUUGCUCUCCAGACCCCCCGACGUACAGCAUAAUCACAGCGUGGUGCUGCAGCUCUGUAGUGCCGUGGCUUUCCUGCACGGUCUGGGCAUCACCCACCGAGACCUGAAGCCUGACAACGUUUUGGUCUGUGUGACGCCCAAAGGCCCCGUCAUCAAGGUGGCUGAUUUUGGUCUGAGUAAGAUGAGCGAAGGUGCGCUGAGCGGGGAUCUCAGCAGGCAGCGCUUCUCCUCCACCUGCGGCUCCGACUUCUACAUGGCUCCGGAGGUCUGGGGGGGCCUGAGCUAUUCUGCGCAGGCAGACAUCUUCUCCCUCGGGGUGCUGUUCUGGGCCGUCCUGGAGAGAAUCACUUUUGUGGAGGAAGGCUCUACGCAGGAGCAGCUUGGUGCCUUCGUGUGCAAGGGUCGUUCAGGAUGGCUGAUGCCGCUGGGGGAGGCUCUGUGGGAGAGCCCCGACCUCCAGCUGUGCAUCCCUGUGAAGUUUAGGAGGGCGCCCCCGCUGCCUCCCCCGCCAGGACCGGCCAUGUGCACCCUGCUCUUAGACAUGCUCGCCUCGGACCCAGACGCUCGGCCGCCGGCUGACCAGCUGGAGUCCAGAUUGUGCUCGGCUCUGAGAGAGGACUCCCACUGACAGCUCGCUGAAGUGUCUCACCCCCCAAAGACAGAACCAGAGCUGGACUCUUUCGACUGAAGUUGCUG